CGGCGGGCGCCGCGUCCCCGUCUUCCCCCCCCCCCACAACCCAUAGAGCGCCCAGCCCGGCGGAGAAGCAGGGGUGGCUACGGCGGGAGAAGGGGCAGGGGAGGGGGCGGCCGGCUACUCAGCUAAAAACAACCCUCUCCUAAUAAAGCGAUGGGGCCCGGGCCGCGGCGCCGCGCUCCCCGCGCCCUAUAAAUACGCUCCGUGCGCGGCCCGCGGGCUUUGGCCGGCGCGGCUCUGCAGGCGGCGCGGUGCAGCCGAGCGGAGCGAGCGCAGCGGGGCCGCCACUGCCGCCGCCGCCGCCGCCAGGAGAGCCCGGGCCCCCGCACCCCGCCGCCCCAGCAAGAUGCCCCGGGUAGACGCAGACCUCAAACUGGACUUUAAAGAUGUCCUGCUCAGACCUAAAAGAAGCAGCCUCAAAAGCAGAUCAGAGGUCGACCUCACGCGCACCUUCACCUUCCGCAACUCCAAGCAAACAUACACAGGAAUUCCCAUUAUAGUAGCAAACAUGGACACUGUGGGGACAUUUGAAAUGGCCGUGGUUAUGGCAAAACAUGCAAUGUUCACUGCAAUUCACAAGCAUUAUUCUCUGGAAGAAUGGAAACUGUUUGCUGCCAAUCACCCAGAAUGCCUUGAGCACGUAGCAGCAAGCUCAGGUAGUGGAAAAGCUGAUUUGGACAAGUUAACAAGUAUUCUAGAGGCCAUUCCACCUAUCAGAUACAUCUGCCUAGAUGUGGCAAACGGCUAUUCAGAACACUUCGUGAAGUUUGUGAAGUCUGUCCGUGCCCUGUUCCCACAUCACACCAUUAUGGCAGGCAAUGUGGUGACAGGAGAGAUGGUAGAAGAACUUAUUCUUUCUGGAGCAGAUAUUAUUAAAGUGGGUAUUGGACCAGGUUCUGUGUGUACCACUCGGAUUAAGACGGGGGUGGGCUAUCCACAGCUAAGUGCUGUUAUUGAGUGUGCAGACUCAGCACAUGGUUUGAAAGGACAUAUCAUCUCUGACGGGGGAUGCAGCUGCCCGGGAGAUGUCGCCAAAGCGUUUGGAGCCGGUGCUGAUUUUGUCAUGCUUGGAGGAAUGUUUGCAGGCCAUGACCAGUGUGCUGGAGAGAUUAUGGAAAAGAAUGGCAAGAAGGUGAAACUCUUCUAUGGAAUGAGCUCUGAUACAGCCAUGAAGAAGCAUGCAGGAGGGGUUGCUGAAUACAGGGCUUCGGAGGGCAGAACUGUGGAGGUACCGUACAGAGGGGACGUGGAACUCACCAUCCUGGACAUCCUUGGGGGGCUGCGCUCCACCUGCACCUACGUGGGAGCUGCCAAACUCAAGGAACUGAGCAGGAGAACAACAUUUAUCCGGGUCACCCAGCAGCACAGUCAGGUCUUCUCUUAGCCCGGGACUGGGGUCUGGAGAGAGGGGGUGGGAGAGAGGAGCAGGAAGGGCUGCGGUUUUGUUUUGCUCUCUCCUCCAUGUUGUGUAAGUGGCAAACUUCUCUCUCUCUCUCUCAGAAUGGCAGUGUCAUAGCCAUUGGAGGGGCUAUGACUGGGAUUUGGAAGGGGAAAGUCGUGCUAUUAACACAGUGCCAUUGGUUCAAAAUGCAAUAGCUUAAUCUUUUAUUGUUGUGCCUAUUUUAUUUUUUAAUCAUCAUUUCUUCACCUGUUUUUUUCCCCCUCUGAUAAAUAGCUGUUGAAACCUCAGUUAACAAGGAAUUGGCGUGUACAGACAUGGCUAUUAUGCCUGCAUAGAUAUACACAUUCCCUUUUUUAAGACUGACCUGUCAGCUUCUGGCAGUGCACCCUCCAGAAAUUGCAGGCUGGUAGAGAAAAAGAUGCAAGGAAUUGUGUGGAGAAAUCAAAAAAUCAAAUUCUCUUAAUCUUCAUUCUGGCAAAAGAAUGGAUGUUUGUGGCACGGCUGCCAACCUGCAGAAUAUCAGAGGUGGAUGGUAGAUGAGGCCUGGCUACUGGUGACUUCUUACUGUGAUGAUAAAAAUGCCAGGUCUCUUUCACUCUCAGUUCACAGGGCUGGUACUGCCGUUCUUACUUAAAUCUCCCUAGUCAAUGGACUUGCCACUUCAGAAAAGCUGGCAUUGAAUGUAGCAAACCCAUGCUGCCCCCCCUUGUCCCCAUCUGUGGAGAUCAUUCAGGAGAAAACGUCUCGGAGCUUGCCUGCUUUUUCGUGCAUGCAGUUGUUGAAUUACCUGGGUUCCUGCUUUUACCUGCUCUCUCUGAACAGAUUUUUAAGACAUUGAAAGUCAGCAACAGUAACCCCACCAAGGAGGGGUUUCUCUGCAGCCCUCCCUGUUCCCUUGCCUGUUCAUAUCCAUGUAGCAAAGAUGUAAAAAUGCUAUGCUCUGCAUUGUCUGUGGCCAGGUGAAUGAGGCCGGAGGGAUCAAAUUCACUUUUGGUUAUUUGGUACAACUCCUUUGCAGUCCUUGACACCAUGAAAAGCAAAAGAGAGCUUUCAGUAGAAUAGCCUGAUUGCAAGCCACUGGUGGGCUAAGAUGGAGUUCAAGCAUUUGCUCUUAGGGUAGUAACGAAUGUUUAAGACUCUGGGUAACACUUUAAUAAAGUGUAAUGGCCUACUAAUUAAUUGAUAAAUCACAAUGAAAUUUCUUUGGAAAUACACAUUGCAUCCACAUGAAUACUACAGUAGCUUGUUAUGAUAAAUGAUGUAGAAGUGAGCACCAAUGAAUUAAUAAUGCUUUGCCACUUACUUUAAAGUGCUGCUGAGAUCGUAAUAUAGCUGAUGUUACUUAAGUACUUCAGAGUCUUACUUUCCCCUCCUGCAGAUAUCUGUGGAAAGAGGCAGGGUUCCUUUGAAAAGCAAAAGAGUCAUCCAUAGGAAGAGGAAUAGCAAAAAGAAACUCUAGAAUUAAACUCUCAUGCUGGACUGCUCAAAAAGCCAUGCACAAAGAUUGAUACAGUUGACCAUGCUGAGGAGCAAAUCUAGGUGACAAGCUGAUCCCUGAUGAUUUUGAAGUUUGUUGUGCAUGUCAGAAAAAGCACAGAAUAUCUUCUGAAUAGCCUGGUAUUUUAAAUGCCCUCCAUUUAACAUGUAGGACAUAAUUCUUAAUUGUGGUAUGACCCCUUCCUUUGCUUUGGAGGUGAAUUAGGGCCUUAAUGUGAGCGCAGGUUAUGCUCGUGCUGGCUUUAAGGACCAUUUGUCCUGCCCACAUAUCAUAAAGUAACCUGAACGCAGAAGAGAAGCAGGACCUGCGAAUAAAGGACCUGAUCUCUAUUCCCUCCAGCCUGAAAGCAUCACGUUAAGAGGAUGCCAGGCUUCCUUACCACAAAACCUACCGUGGGCCACAUACUGCUGUUACCUGCACUAAGCCCAGAGUACAGGCAGUAUUACUACUCGGCAUCAGUAUGGCUGUAGGAGGUCACCGUUCCUUUAGUUAAUGUGAGGGUUAGGGGUACAAAGGCAAGUGACCACCUCCGUCAGGAGCGGGGUUAGACUGUCACAGCGCAGGCCUGACCGCAGGUGUGUCUCCACACUCGUGCCUUCAUACGUGGGAAGUGCAGCAGUCUGCUGGUCUCACACCUACUCUCGCUAGCGCUUUUCUACUUUUUUUAGCUACAUUUCUAAAUGGGAUUUAAGAAAUACAUAUACAUAUAAAAAUAUAUAUAUUUGUAAACAUUUUUUAAAAAGAUCAUAUGCACACUGAACAGAGCAGCUUCAUGACGUGUCUUUGGAACAGUUUCUUUUCCAGAGGGCAGGGGCUGGGGACAAGGAGGGGGGGCUGCCUCUCCGCAGGUGUGGCAAGCGUGGAGCCUCCUCCCCAGGCAGGCUGCACGCUUCCACAGCCAGCCUGGCCUGGGGCCACUCUCACACCCGCUUUCCUUCCCCUUUCGCCCACACCUCUGACUGACCAGUGACUAACAGGGAAAGGAUGAGGAUAAGCUGAUCUUAAGUUGUCCCCUGAAUUCUCCAGGCUGUGAAUGACAUUGACGCUAAGAAUAGUUACUGAUAAAGCUUUGACUUAGGGCAUUUAGUUUUCUAAAUAGCAGCUUUUACCAUCAUUUUGAUAAGCAGCAUGUUUGCUUUCUAUUUAAUUUUCUCCUUCUCUCUCCAAAGUGAGCAGGAGAAAGAAAUCGGCUGCAGAAAGGCUGAACUGGUGGCAUGACUGCAUCUCACCCAAAGUUGCAUGUGAGUUUCGUUCACAGAUAACCCUCAACCAUGUCAGCGCUCACUAUUCACACUGUACAUGUCCAGCUCUCAGACAGGCUGCAAAAUGGAGAAAAGACAAACUUGAGCCCUCCUUUAACACCCAGUCCUCUGCUCUAGUAGUUAGUGGCCCUCAUCUGCACUUUAGCCUCAGGUCCUGUGCCCUGCUCAAGCCCGCUGCCACUGUCACAAGGAGCUGGGGCAGAGAGGGAGCUGAGGGCACGCUAUGCCUGGCAGGAUGGUCUGAGCAGAGACCACAACCACUGACAAAUGCCACGUGCUAUUUGCGGAUCUACCUCACCUGCACAUUUAGCCGUGUUUUUUUUGUUACUUGUCCUUCUGUGGGAAGUGUCGUUCAUAAGCACUUAGUCUUGGGUGACUGUGCAUAACCUGGUCUUCUUUAACCCUACCACCCCAGUCCCAGCCCGUCUAGAGGAACGCUGUGAGUGUGAUAAGCUGCACUGUAGGCCAAGUUCAUGCCUGCUUCCCCCAGCCAGGCGACUGUUGAGCACCCAAGAGCAAUGUUGAGGUUUGGCCCACUGGCUCCGCAGGGAUUUAGUUUAACAUACCAUAGACCUACAAGCAGGGAUGCUGAAAAGGGCAACAUUACAUCAUUAAAGCACUCCCUGCUGAGUGUGUCCAUCUCUGCCUUCUUGAAAUGUAAGGACAGCUAAAACACCUUGUGCUGCUCCCAGUCGUAUUCUGGAGUCACCUUGCUGCAGUAUGUUUCGCAGGGUGGGCUGGCUGGCCCUCCUGCCCACGCAGCCUGGCUUACCUGAGCUCUCUCCGGGGAGGAAGGUUUUGGCAAAGCAGCAGCCUUGCUCGCACCCGAGUGACUGCGUGGCGGCUGCAGGGAGCGCACGUGUAGACCUCUGUAGGCAUGAGGCCAGCCCGUUAGAGGAGUGGGCCUUGAGCCAGCAUCCUGCCAGACGCAAAACAAGCCACGCAGGUCUGCUUUCUCUGAAAGAAACAAGUGUACGCACCCGGGGGUGCGCAGCUCCCCCCCCCCGAGCUCAUCGGCACAGCCAGCUCACCCCCAUCGGCCACGGGGCAGGGGCUUUGGCUGUGCUCUUCUGUGCAGCUUGCUUCUCACCUUAGGGCAUGGGGGGGUGGUGGGUGAAUGUAGGAUGGGGCCACACUGUAAAUAUGAAGAGUUGUAAGCAGGGGCAGGAGGAGCCUCUGCUUACGUUUGGAGGAGCUUUUCCCAUACAAAGGGUGCCUGUAUCUUCCUUUCAGCUAGUCAGUAGCAGGGGGAGAUAGGAUGGGGGUGAGCAAGAAACAUAGCAGCAAUUAGCCAAGCCCCACCAUGUUGGGACAAGGGCUGGUGUUUUCCAGUCACGGGCACGUUGAAUUUGAAGCCUUUUCUGAACCAAGCACUCCCUGGUUUAUUGAGCUCCACUGUCUUGAACAGACUUGCUGCUACAGCUUUCUGCCAGUGUCCGUCACUGCCUCCUAUCCCUCCACCUGGGGGAUAUUGCUUUUUAGAUGCUAGUAUCAGUUUUAUACCAAAACUUUGUUGGAGCCAGGAGGGCUUUUGCAACUACAGCCAGGUUCGGCCUUGCUUGUAUAGAAGAGAGAAAAAAAAAAAAAAGCCGCGAAGGCCUAAGAACAGCAGUUUGCCUUCUGCAGCAGCCAGAGCUGGCAGGCAGGAGAGGGCCAGGCCCUUCCCUGUGGGCUGGCAGCUGCCCGGGGGCAGAUGGGCCGAAGCAGAUCUCGGUUAGAUGCUGGCACAGCUCUGCGCCCCUGAACACAGCAUGGAUCGCCCCCGUGCAGCCUUUGCUUCGCUUUGAGGCCAUUCAGAUGUUUAAGCGAGCCCUCCCCAGCAUUUACCUGACACAAUGUUUACUGGUUAGUUCUCAUACAUAAGUAAUUCAGAGUCCAAAACUCCUUGGUGUUGCCUGCGAUAACUGUGAAGCGCUUCUGCGCAAUCGGCCAAAAAGAGCCGAUGAGCAUUUGACUUUUUCCUGCCCCUCUCGGCCCUGCUGAGAUGGCGAUGACGAGCGCUGCCUCCCCUCAUCGGUAGCAGCCAUGCGUGUGCAAUGCCUCCGGCGCACGUGGCACCAUCGUUUGAUGUGUUCAAAAGUUGUAAAUGGAAAGUUUUUGUCAUGCAAUAAAGAGCUUCACUCUGA